CGAAACACGAGUGCACGCAAUCGUAUUUUGAUUUUUGUUAAUUUUUGUAGCUUUAAAAAAGUCAAAUAAAAUGGGUGAUGGUUCACGAGAUGAUCGGACUUGUUACAUAAGAAAUCUGGACGACAAAGUUACGGAGGAAAUCCUCUUUGAGUUGUUUCUUCAGGCUGGACCUCUCGUUGGCGUAAAGCGACCUAAAGAUCAAGAUGGCAGUCUACGCCCCUUUGCCUUUGUGGAGUUUGAGCACGACAUCUCACCUCCAUAUGCUCGUCAGCUCAUGGAUGGCACCAAACUUUACGGGCGAAACAUUGGCGUACAGUUCCGCAGCGGUAGUAAACACAACCAAAACACACAAGGAAACAGUCCUGCGUCAACUCCGCCCUUUAACAAUCGUAGCGGAGUACAAAACAACAGGAGUGGAGGAGGACCAGGGCCGGCACCCAAUGGCUAUCAGCAGAACUAUCCAACGCCCCCACAAGUUCAGAGAGCCAUGUCUGCCCCGCAAGGUUUGCUUGUGAACCCUAACGUUCCCAUGGGACUCCCCCAUGAAAUGCAAAAUGCAUUCGUGGUGGGAAAUGCUCCUUUCUUGGGCGAUAGACAACAGCAACAAUUUCAUCAAAUGCAAUUUGGUGGAAUGGUAGAUGGGCAAGGAGCGAGACAAGUUGCCCAUGAUCACCGAGACUCCGGGUCGCACCACAGGAGGUCGUCCCAAGAUCACCAGAGGCGGUCGUACCAUUCGCAGGGUUCUGAGGAUGAGCGUUCAUCAUCGAGAUCAAAUCGUCAAGACGACUAUCAUCAUCGACACGGCAGUAGCGGUCGCCAGGAUCCUCGUGAUGAUUGGAGACAACAUAGCGGCAGCGAUGAGAGACGACACGGAGGUUACAUGCAAAGACAUCAAUCACAUCAGCAUAAUCGUUCCGAUAGACGAGAACAUCCAUAUCGGAGAUAAAAAAAGACGGACUCCUUAAAAGCAGCGAAAGAUUUUACUAUUAGCCCCCUACCAAGGCCACCUUAACAGCUGCCUAAUAUCAUCAAUGGUGCAUUUAUCCCAGCUGUAAUCCCGCCCUGAUACUUCAUGGAGGCAACGAAGGUGAUUGCCCCCUGGUCAUUGCGUAAAUGCACGUAGGCUGCUUGCAGACCUGAUGCUUCACGGAGUGAACAAAGCGAUUGCCUACAUGCCCCCUGGUCAUUGCCUUGGUGCCCUACUGCCCUGGAAAUGCUUCAGCAAACAUUUACAGUUUAUCAUAGGAUGCCCUUUGCCUUGACCAAAGAGAAAAUUCCUUGGUGUACUUGCACUUUGAAAAAAAAAGCGUACAAGGCCGGCAUGGUGCACCGAGGCAUUUUCUCUUUGGUAAAGGGGAAG